AUGGUGAACUUCUUCAAGCGGAUGCGGAAGCUCAAUACAAUCCUCGAAGUCCGAACAGGCGUCGGCGCAGCCCUCUUCCCCAACGCAGCCACUGCCACAAAAGAAUUCCCCACGGUUACUCGCCUGCACCUCACAUAUGCCCGCAAGAUCUACAACGGCCACCAAGGCGCGCGACACUUCUGGCGCCGAGCUCUUCCCCGACUGAAAUACCACAACCCCAGCGUCGCGAUGACCGUGAAACCAACAGACGAGCAAGAUGGUCCCGCCGUGCUAACGGUGUACUACUCCGAGCGACUGAGCAGCACAGCGCCUGGAAUCGCAGGCUCAAAGCCUGUUGUUGAUAAGUACGCGCCUGCCCCGGAGGCGAACGAGAAGAGCGCUGUGAUCGAUUUGAAGAACUUGAACUUUGAGGAGAUCUGGAGACGAGUUCAGGCUUCAACUGGUGCUAAGGACUUUGUGCCUACGGCUGAUGAUGAGGCUAAUGCGAAGAAUUUGGCGGAUAUUACUGCUCGGGCUCCUGGGGAUCGUCAGCGCAUUAAGUCUAUUCGGCAAGCGAAGAAGGAUCAGGAGCGUAUGCUUGCUGAGGCGAGAGGUGAGGUUGAGAAGCAGUAG